GUUGACGUCAUUCAUCAAAACAAUGUUAAUGUAAUGUGUAAAGGGAAAGGUUGUUUCUAUGUAUUUUCUACAGUUUUUUCUUUCAAAUUGGGAUUUACAUUGAUAAUCUUACUUAUUCGGUGAUCAAUUAUCGAAGAUGUGUCCUAAAUGUGACCAAGAGAUGACAGGAAAAACAAAUUUAGACCGUGGAUUACAUCGAAACCAUCGGAUUAAUUUUUCAAGAUGGAGGUCGCACUUUUCACAGUACUAUAUGUUAUUGUGCAUUUUGAUGAUUUUUGAUAACAUCCUCUUUGUUAACUGCGAUAAUUCUGUUUAUACGGCUAAAGUCAACAUAACGUACUAUAAAAAUGACCCGAGCGAUGCAAAGUCAGAGGUCAGAGAUAUGGGGGUGUUUGGACAAAAUGCCAUCUCGGCAAAUGACCGGAAACACACGGAAGCUGGACGAUUGGUACAUGUGUUAACGACAGAAAACAAAACAGAUGCCUGUAAACCUAUAGUAAACGCACCCAAAGAGCGUUGGGUGGCCUUAGUGAAAAGAGAUGUUUGUACCCUGAGUGACAAAGUUGACAUGUGUGGUGCGGCCAAUGCAUCAGCAGUCAUCAUCUAUAACCAUCAAGAUCCUGAGCCCAAUGACAGAGGGGCUUUUUAUAAUCUGAAAGGGCAAGUGUUGGCAAUCUUUGUCAGCAAGGCUGAGGGUCAGAUGCUGUUGGAUUACAUGAGCACAUACAGAGUGGUCAACGUGCAGAUCCUGGAGGGACACAAACGACAAGUGGUGGGUGAGCCGGAGCAGCACAACCCCACCAACAUCAGCAAGACGUCCGUCAUGUUCGUGUCCAUCUCCUUCGUGGUCCUGAUGAUCAUCUCCCUCGCCUGGCUCGUCUUCUACUAUAUUCAGCGCUUCAGAUACGCUCACGCCAAAGAAAGGCUCACUAGACGUCUGGCCAGCGCUGCCAAGAAAGCCAUUGCCAAGAUUCCUCAGAGAACACUCAAAGCAGGAGACAAGGAACUGGAUCCGGAAUUUGAUCAGUGUGCAGUCUGUAUAGAAGGCUAUAAGACCUCUGAUGUUGUCAGAACAUUGCCAUGCAAACAUAUUUUCCACAAGUCAUGUGUUGACCCAUGGCUGCUGGAUCAGAGAAGCUGCCCCAUGUGUAAGCUGGACAUACUGAGGGCAUAUGGAAUGCAUAUUAGUCAUCUGAGCAGCAGUCAGGAGUCAGUGCAUGGGGAGCCAGACAGCAAUGAACUGACCCCAUCGGGAAUGGAGUCGGGGCCGGUCCUCAUCACCCAGGAGCAGCACCCCAGCAGGGAAGACGUGGAGGUCCUUCUGAUUCGUCAUCGUCCUCCCUCAGUACAUUACCACGGGUCAGAUACAUUCUGUCAGGAUGAAGAGGAGAGUCAGGCCCUUAAUCAGCAGCCUCCUGCUUCUUCGUCGUCGUCAAGCUGUCUGUUUGUCUGUCUGUUUGGGGGGGAGGGAGCAUGGCUUCCCGCUAGUUCUCUGUCCUGGAGUGUAAAGGUUUUACUGAAAUCUCCACCAAAAGGCAAAAAUGAGGAGCAGAGUGGCAACAGAGAAGAAUUCGAUGCAAAAAUUGAAGCUGACAGGGGCAACAGAUUUGAAUUUUUGCUCAAACAGACGGAGCUAUUCGCUCAUUUCAUGCACACUGGUGGCGGAGGGACAGGAAGUGGGAAAACACCGACAAGUCCUCUGAAGAUGAAGCCAGGUCGACCAACCAAGGGCAAAAAAGUUGACGAAAAGGCCAAACUUGUAUCAGCGGGAGAUCACCGUCAUAGACGUACAGAACAGGAAGAAGACGAGGAGCUAUUGUCUGAGUGUAAAAAGUCAAAUGCUGCCGCAUCGUUUAGGUUUGAGGAAAGUCCGUCCUACAUUAAGGCUGGAGAGAUGAGAGACUACCAGAUUCGUGGAUUAAAUUGGAUGAUAUCUCUGUAUGAAAAUGGAAUUAAUGGUAUCCUGGCUGAUGAAAUGGGACUGGGUAAAACUUUACAAACCAUUUCCCUACUGGGCUACAUGAAGCACUACAAACACAUUCCGUCGCCUCAUCUGGUCAUCUGUCCCAAGUCCACACUGGCCAACUGGCAGGCUGAGUUCAAACGCUGGUGUCCCUCUAUACGAGGAGUGUGUCUCAUUGGGAACCAGGAUCAAAGGACGGCCUUCAUCAGAGAUGUGAUGAUGCCAGGAGAUUGGGACGUAUGCAUCACCUCCUAUGAAAUGUGUAUCCGAGAGAAGUCGGUGUUCAAGAAGUUCAACUGGCGAUAUCUUGUGAUUGAUGAAGCCCACAGAAUCAAGAAUGAAAAAUCUAAGCUGUCUGAAAUUGUGAGGGAAUUCAAAUCCACAAACAGAUUGUUGUUAACCGGGACCCCACUACAGAACAAUCUCCACGAACUGUGGGCUCUACUGAACUUCCUUCUCCCAGAUGUCUUUAACUCUUCAGAGGAUUUUGAUUCAUGGUUCAACACAAACAACUGUAUUGGUGACACAGCUCUUGUGGAAAGACUCCAUGAGGUACUGAGACCCUUCCUCUUAAGGCGUCUGAAAUCUGAUGUUGAAAAAGCCUUGCUGCCCAAGAAGGAAAUCAAAAUCUUUGUAGGCCUCAGCAAGAUGCAGAGAGAAUGGUACACCAAGAUCCUAAUGAAAGAUAUUGAUGUCGUGAACGGAGCUGGAAAGUCGGACAAAAUGAGGCUGCUGAACAUUUUGAUGCAGCUGAGGAAAUGUGCCAACCAUCCUUAUCUCUUUGAUGGAGCCGAGCCAGGUCCUCCCUACACCACUGACAAACAUCUGUUUGAAAACAGCGGUAAAAUGGCCAUCCUGGACAAACUCUUGCCAAAACUUCAGGACCAGGACUCGAGAGUAUUGAUCUUCAGUCAGAUGACCAGGAUGUUGGAUAUUCUAGAGGACUACUGUCAUUGGCGAGGCUACGACUACUGUCGGCUGGAUGGGCAGACUCCUCAUGAGGACAGAACGAAAUAUAUCAAUGACUUCAACAUGCCGAACAGCUCCAAGUUCAUUUUCAUGCUCAGUACAAGAUCUGGAGGGUUGGGAAUCAAUCUGGCGACCGCUGAUAUUGUCAUUAUUUAUGACUCGGACUGGAACCCUCAAGUGGAUCUACAGGCUAUGGAUCGAGCCCAUCGUAUCGGUCAGAAGAAGCAGGUCAAGGUGUUCCGGUUCAUCACAGAGAACACAGUGGAGGAAAGAAUCGUGGAAAAGGCUGAAAUGAAGCUCCGCUUGGAUAACGUGGUCAUACAGCAAGGUCGCUUGGUGGAUCCGAGUGCAAACAAACUGGGUAAAGACGAGGUGCUGAACAUGAUUCGACACGGUGCCAGUCACGUGUUUGCUUCCAAGGACAGCGAGAUCACAGAGGAGGACAUCGAUGACAUCCUUGAAAAGGGAGAAAAGAAGACAGAGGAGAUAAAGGCCAAAUAUGACAACUUGGGGGAGGGGUCUCUCAGAACCUUCACAAUGGACACUGUAGAGGGGGCCAGUGUGUACCAGUUUGAGGGACAAGACUACAGAGAAAAGCACAAAGGUGUGGGUCAAUGGAUUGAGCCCCCCAAACGAGAGAGGAAGGCUAAUUAUGCUGUGGAUGCCUACUUCAGAGAGGCCCUGAGAGUCAGUGAACCAAAGGCUCCAAAGGCACCUCGACCACCUAAGCAGCCCAAUGUACAAGAUUUUCAGUUUUUCCCUCCACGUUUGUUUGAAUUACUAGACAAAGAAAUCUACUUCUUCAGGAAGUCCAUAGGAUACAGGGUUCCUAAGAACCCUGACUUAGGUGCAGAUGCAGAGAGAGUGAGAAAGGAAGAGCAGGGUAAGAUUGAUGAAGCAGAAGUUUUGACAGAGGAAGAGUUAGCUGAAAAAGAGGAUCUCCUGAAAGAGGGAUUUACAAACUGGAGCAAAAGAGACUUCAAUCAGUUUAUCAAAGCUAAUGAAAAAUAUGGCCGCGAUGACUUGGAUAGCAUAGCCCGAGAUGUGGAAGGAAAGACACCGGAGGAGGUAAUGGAAUACUCAGGUGUAUUCUGGGAUCGCUGUAAUGAACUCACCGACAUAGAGAAGAUCAUGGCUCAGAUAGAGCGUGGAGAGGCCAAGAUACAGCGAAGGAUAAGCAUCAAAAAAGCACUGGAUGCAAAGAUGGCAAGGUACCGAGCCCCGUUCCAUCAGCUUAGAAUUCAGUAUGGUACAAACAAAGGCAAGAACUACACCGAGGAAGAGGAUCGCUUCCUGAUCUGUAUGCUCCACAAGCUUGGCUUUGACAAAGAGAAUGUUUACGACGAACUGCGAACAUCAGUACGCCAAGCUCCACAAUUCAGAUUUGACUGGUUCAUCAAGUCAAGAACAGCAAUGGAGUUACAAAGGAGAUGCAAUACGUUGAUUACUCUGAUAGAAAGAGAAAACAUGGAACUAGAAGAAAAAGAGAAAGCCGAGAAAAGGCGACGAGGAAAAUCAGGAACUCCAAAAGGACAGAAAAGAAAGGCUGACGCAAUGGACAACAGGGGGCGCCCCAAAAAGAAAAAGUGAAUCUUAUGAAACUAGAACAAAAAUAGACCAGUGUAUCAAACACUACAGAGAUCUUGUGAUGUUUCUACACCUUUGAGAGACAUUUGUAGAAUGUUAUAAUCCAUAUAUAUAUAUGUGUGUGUGUGUAAAUAUCUGGACAUUGUACACAGAUCUCAUUAUCUCGAUAUGGACCAUGGAAGGUGUGGAGUUACAUGUACUUAAGUGAUAUAGAUGUACUGGUACCUGGAUUCAAGAUUUUUCCCAGGUUUCAACUGAUGUGGAUUAUUUGUAGUACUGUUUAGCAUGUUGUCCUUUUGUGAUUUCAACUUCUAUUUUUAUUACCGUUAUUAUUUUUUUAAAAUUAUACAUAAAGAACACAUUCUAGGCAUUUCAUUUAAUUUUUUCAACUUUGUUUUCAUUAUUUUUACAUCUCAUACCAUGAAAAUGUCAAUUUUACAGUAGCAUACAGUCAUUAAAUGUUUCAAACAUU